AUGCGGCCUGAUGACAUAAACCCGAGGACUGGGCUGGUGGUGGCCCUGGUCAGUGUCUUUCUGGUCUUUGGCUUCAUGUUCACCGUCUCUGGGAUGAAAGGAGAGACUCUGGGAAACAUCCCCCUCCUGGCCAUCGGGCCAGCCAUCUGCCUACCAGGCAUCGCAGCCAUUGCCCUGGCCAGGAAAACCGAGGGAUGCACCAAGUGGCCUGAAAAUGAGCUGCUGUGGGUCCGCAAGUUGCCCUGCUUCCGGAAACCCAAGGACAAGGAAGUGGUGGAACUGCUGAGGACCCCUUCAGACCUGGAGUCAGGCAAGGGAAGCUCAGACGAGCUGGCUAAGAAGGCGGGCCUCAGGGGGAAGUCCCCCUGCCAGGGGCAGACAGAGGUGCCUGUGGCCACUUCCAUCACCACCCUCACACCCACGGAAGGAGAACGCCAGAGCCUGGUCCAGAGCGGGCAUCAGGAGGAGACAUCCAGAUACCUGGAUGGUUACUGUCCCUCAGGCAGUUCCCUUGCCUACAGUGCCUUGGAUGCCAAGUGCUCAGCCUGGGACAGAUCUGAUUGCCCGGAGCCUGAGGACAGCAUCUUCUUUGUGCCCCAGGACAGUAUCAUCGUUUGCUCCUACAAGCAGAACAGUCCCUAUGACAGAUACUGUUGUUACAUCAAUCAGAGCCAAGGCAGGUGGGAUCACGAGACAAUAGUCUAA